GAACUCCAGCAGUUCCGCUCCGUAUAUUUCCACUGACCAUUCGCUUCGGGGAUUCCUUCAUCCCAGUCCGAGCUGCCGGUCGGUCUGUCCGGACGGGACCUGUCCGUCCACCCUCCUCCAUCCAGCUGUUGGUCCUCUCCUGUCAUCCAGCUGUGCUCCGCUUCUGCAUCUGGGAAGGUCAGGUCGUUUUUGAAUCCGUGGACCUGUCAACUUUUACAUGCUUCAGUCCUUCUCCUUCUCACCAGCCUUUCAUCACCGGGAGUCUGUCGCUGCGUUCCGUGCCUGUGACACCGCUUCCUCCUGUGUGGACAGGAGGAUGGAUGGCUGAGCGCGGAGAACACUGACUGGCUCGCUGAGCUUUGUUGGCUGCAGCUGCUGUCAUGGCCAAAAGCCCGGAGGUGAAGCUGGCCAUCUUUGGCAGAGCGGGGGUGGGCAAAUCAGCUUUGGUGGUGAGGUUUCUGACAAGGCGCUUCAUCUGGGAGUACGACCCGACUCUUGAAUCCACAUAUCGUCAUCAAGCCAAUAUUGACGAUGAGGUCGUUACCAUGGAGAUUCUGGACACUGCAGGCCAGGAGGACAUCCAACAGAAGGAGGGUCACAUGCGUUGGGGUGACGGAUUCAUCAUUGUGUACGACAUCACGGACCGAGGAAGUUUUGAGGAGGUUGCACCUCUUCGGAGUCUAUUAGAGGAAGUGAAGAAGCCAAAGAACGUCCCCCUGGUCCUGGUGGGUAACAAGUCUGAUCUGGACCACAUCAGGCAAGUCAGCACAGAGGAGGGGGAGCGACUAGCUGCAGAAAUGGCGUGUGCUUUUUACGAGUGCUCGGCGUGUGCAGAUGAGGGCGGCACAGUGGCCGAAGCUUUUCACGAGCUCUGCAGAGAAGUGAGACGCCGAAAAGCAGUGCAGGGCAAGACCAGACGUCGGAGCUCCACUACACAUGUCAAACAGGCCAUCAACAAGAUGCUGACCAAAAUCAGCAGCUAGGAAAGAGCCACACUGUCUGCUGAAACAAGAACAAAAAGAAGAAGAUCUAAGGAUUUCUCCUGUAAAUGACUCCCCCAAAUAUUGACUCCCAAAAUAUAUAUAUUUGACUGAAGAAUGUGUUAAAUUUUUCAACAACUUGGGACAACUCAAAAUGCCCCACAUGCAUCUGGAGGAGGUAAAUGACUUGAGAUGUGAUCUCCCAUUUGUGCUUACUGGGAUCAUAUUCAUCUUGGAUACUGGGGAGACACAUUGGUUUCAUACUGACUCAACAUAAUGAGGUUCUCAACCUGUCUUUAACUCAUGUAUCUCUAAUAAUCAGUGAGCGCUCUAGUAACAAUGCAUGCAAACGGUCACAUUUAGCAUGCAAAGGAUCAACUCAUUUAUUGACACUAAAUGAGAAGAUUAACAGUUUCCUCUCUGUCUUGUCUCUAGAGGGAUAUUGUGUUGUGCUUAGGCCCACAUGUGUGGUAUGUAAUUGUUCUUUCAGCAGUAAUUAAAGAAAAAUAUCAGAGAGCUACUGUUAGCCAAAUGUAAAUCCAACAUCCUUCUCCCACAUUAAUCUUGGAAAAUUCCUGGAUUUGUUAAGUGUGUGUCUUUCAAACAAACCUUGAGGUGAAGUUCCCGAUGUUCUGUUGACAUUAAAUAUUCUGUAUUGGACUUUAACUCCCUUUGUUUGUCAAAGACAUGUGUGCUCAAGAUCUCUAUGCUUUGCCUCAUGAAACCAAAGCACAAUUUCAGAGGUCCAACAUCUAAUGAGAAAUGUUUUCUGUAAAGCCUACAAAAGGAAAGCAGCUGCCGUCCUCCAUAAUAUUGCACAUUCCAGGGAUGUUCUUCUUGGCUGUAAAUUUGUUACUGUAAACUACAGUAUGUAUGACAGAGUCUGUUGCCUUAAGCAGUGCUAUGUCUUAGCUGUGUACAGAAGUGAAAGGUAUCUAAAAUAGAUGAUACUGUGUAAUGUCUGUUUUUCUCUUCAUGGAUGUGAACUGUAUCUUGACUUAGCCAGCUGUGCACUUGUAAUUAAAAAUUGAGACAUGUCCCACAAAAUACCCUCUUAAUGUGUGUGGCAAUGUAAAUGUCAUGAUGUUAAACCAAAGGACUAAGUAUAGCAUUUACAUUUACACAGUGUUCAUAUGACAGAUCAAUGAUUUUUUUUUUAGGAACAUCCCUCAGUUAGCUUCACGAGCACAACUAAAUAUAUUACCGAAGUUCUUUUAAUAUUAUAUUUCAUUAACAUAAUGGUUACUUUUAUUUUUCUUUUGUCUCUUUUUAGCUAUGUCAGAGAUCAUCAAAUGCCACUUCUUUGGAAUGUGAGUGUUUCCCACCUUAAAUGUUUUUUUUUUUUUUUUUUUUUAAAAAAGGAACCCCUCCAUUAAAUGGUGACUCGGUUGAGAAUACAAAAAAUUAAACCUGCUUUCUUUGGGUUGGGUGAAGCAGAGAGGAGUGGCCCAGCUAUCUGGCAGAUAAUUACUAGAAGCAAAAAUCCCAUAAUAACCAUGGGAAGCAGCCACAGUGCUACUCCUCAUCCGAACCAGUUGAAGACUAUAAAGGACAAUUUCAGAUUUUCCAACCACCUUAAACGUAUUCUCAGUUUGCUCCUGCAUAGUUCUGAAAAGAACACGAGAAAAAAAAUCAGAAACAAGUGGUGCCAGGCACAACAAACCCCACCCUUUGCACGUAUUGUAGCCUAUUUUUGCAUCCAGCCAAUGUCAUCAUGUCUAUGCGUGCGCUGGUGUCAGCCUAUCAAUUGUCUCAAUAUACGUGCCAAGACUGAAU